UUCUCUUUGUAUCGCGCGGGUGAUCGUCCGGAGAGCUCGAGAGCGAAAAAUUCGCCCGCGAGAUUUCGCUCGGGCCGAUCUCCCUGACGCGCGAAAAUCUUCUAAGCAGACACGUGAGGAAACCGGACGGAGAAAAAAAAUGAUUAAACGUAACGCUGGCUCCGACUUUCGACCUAGUCCAUCCUUCAAACCGGUUUACCUCGGUUUCCAACAUUGGAAACAAGAAAAAAGGGUCUACGUGCAGUUUCUUCCGUCUGCUUCACGGUAUCGCGCUUAACGCCGGCCAGAGCCAAUUAAUUUAACAUCCAUGUUAGCGCGCACACGUGCGUUAUACCAUCGGUGGCGCGCGAUCCCGAACAAAAAUCGCACGACCUCAGAGGUUCGGCUUCGACGGCUCGUCCGGUUUCGUUUGCUCCCUCUUCCACGCGGCGAGACUUUUUCCUCGCCGUCGACAGUCGGCCGAUAGCUCGCGCAGUAGCCACCACGAUUUUCUCCCAUUGUUCGCGCGACAAUUCAAGCCGCUUUCAGCACGCCACGCAUCGGCCCUCGCCGAAUGUUAAUUUAGUUUUUGCCACCCAUCGCUUGACGCGGCUCAAUAGUCGUCUGUGCGUUUGCGAGACCUGCUAACGGGCGAUGACACUAAAAAAAUUCAUUGUCGCUUCGAUUAUUCUUAUUUGGGCCGGUGAUUCUUUGGCGGAUCAUCACCGUUCAAGGCGAUCCACGAAUGAGUAUAUACUACACAGAUGUACAGCCACCGCGGAAUUAAUUAGAAGACAUAGAAACGAAGGAAUGAUUGAUGUUAACUCACGCCAAGCCGACUUAUCCCAAUCGCAGAUACAAUGGAGAAAUCAUGAUUCUACAGCAACAAAUCCUCUGACUAAUGUCUCUCAGCUGGAAACUCCUAGACAAACUUCCAGCAGUGCAAAACGACGUACAACACACAUAAGAAGGCGCGGUAACGCGCACGCACGUCGCAUUAUGGGCAAGUAUUUGGCAGACACACCUCUCAGAACUCUGCACAUCGACGCACCGCAGGACAGGCCGUCGGCCUUUAAGAAGAAGACUGCAUUGCCGGAACUAGCGCACGAUGCGUCCGACAGAAAGAUCGAUUCGUCGCAGAAUGUGAUAGUCAUUCGACCGAGAAUUUAACAUCCUUCCAACGGUGCUCAACUUACACUUGCGUUCUGAUUUUCUUGUGAACUGACAACUUUACGAUGACUAUCGUAUUAUCUGUAAUCACAAUCUUACACGCAUCGAAAUUCAUAUAACAAAAAAUACAUAACAUUGAGAUUUGUAACAAUUCCUCUGCGGUUUGUCAAUAUUGUCUUCAUUUGUUUCGUUGUUGAUACUGACAGACAAGUUUAAUACAAGUUUAUGUGAAACGCGUUUGUUAACGUGAUUUAAUUAUUUUGAAUAAACGAACUUUGAAUAGA